AACUUCCGAGGUCAGAGGUGACAGCUUCCGGCCGCGGGGGCCUCCGCUCUGCUCCCGGUUCCGUCCUCCGGUCCUGGGUGUAGCUCACCUGAAAGCCAGUAACAAAAAUGGAACUUUGUUCCUGUGACACUUUCGUGGCUUUACCUCCAGCAACGGUUGGUAACAGAAUUAUUUUCGGAAAAAACUCAGAUAGACUCUGCGAUGAAGUACAAGAGGUAGUUUAUUUUCCUGCUGCUGUUCACGAUAACCUGGGAGAACGUCUUAAGUGUACUUACAUAGAAAUUGAUCAAGUUCCUGAAACACAUGCUGUUGUCCUUAGUCGCCCAGCAUGGUUAUGGGGGGCAGAAAUGGGAGCCAAUGAGCAUGGAGUUUGCAUUGGGAAUGAAGCUGUGUGGGGAAGAGUAGAAGUUUGUAAUGAAGAAGCAUUACUGGGCAUGGACCUUGUCAGGCUUGGUCUUGAAAGAGCUGAUACAGCUGAAAAAGCGCUUGAUGUCAUUGUUGAUUUACUAGAAAAAUAUGGUCAAGGUGGAAACUGUACAGAGGGUGAAAUGCUAUUUAGCUAUCACAAUAGUUUCCUGAUAGCUGACAGGCAGGAAGCCUGGGUUCUGGAGACUGCAGGGAAGUACUGGGCAGCAGAAAAAGUACAAGAUGGUGUUCGUAAUAUUUCUAAUCAGCUUUCUAUAACAACGAAGAUUGAUCGGGAACACCCAGACAUGAGAAACUAUGCUAAGCAGAAAGGUUGGUGGGAUGGUAAAAAGGAGUUUGAUUUUGCUGCAGCUUACUCUUAUCUUGACACAGCCAAGAUGAUGACUUCAUCAGGAAGAUACUGUGAGGGCUACAAGCUUCUAAAUAAACAUAAAGGAAGCAUAACAUUUGAAACAAUGAUGGAAAUUCUCCGAGAUAAACCAAGUGGCAUUAAUAUGGAGGGAGAAUUCCUGACCACUGCAAGCAUGGCUUCUGUUUUGCCUCAAGACUCCAACCUUCCUUGUAUUCACUUCUUUACAGCAACUCCUGAUCCUGAGAGAUCUAUUUUUAAACCUUUCAUAUUUGUGCCACAUAUUUCACAACUAUUGGACACUAGUUCACCAACAUUCGAACUUGAAGAUCCUGUGAAAAAGAAGCAGCACUUUAAGAUUAAGCCUGACAGAAGACAUCCACUCUACCAAAAACAUCAACAGGCAUUUGAAGUACUAGAUAAUAAUAAGGGAAAAGCAAAAUCAAUGUUGGACAACAUGAGGAAGAUGGAGAAAGGACUAUUCAAAGAGAUGGAAUCAAUCCUUCAAAACAAACAUCUCGAUGUGGAUAAAAUUGUUAAUCUUUUUCCUCAGUGUGCAAAAGACGAAAUUAGAAUUUAUAUGUCAAAUAUUAGUUCUCAGUGAUCAUAUAAAUGAUCAGUGGUCUUCAAAGUCAGAAUCUAUCACUUUGGUAAAUGAUGAAACCUAAUUCGAGCAAA